AUGUCAAUCAGUUCAUUUGAAAGUUGUUCUAAACUUAACAAUAUCAUAUUUGAGACAAGUUCAGUGACAAUAUUAAGAUCUCGAUCAUUCUAUUCAUGUCAAUCACUAUCGUCAAUCAAACUCCCAUCUACAAUAGUUUCUAUCGAAUCAGAAUGUUUUGCAUAUUGUAAUCAACUUUCUAUAGUUUCAUUCCCACAAACUUUACAAACAAUAUCAAAUAAUGCAUUCAUUAAUUGUAACAUUGUGAGUGCCGAUCUUUCUAAGUGUACUAAAAUAAACAUAUUGAAUGAUUAUGUUUUCCACUCAAACAUUGAUUUGUCAGACUUCAAGUUCCCACCAAACAUCAACACUAUCGGUGUUCAUUCACUUUCUAAGACAUCUAUUUCAAGAAUCAAUCUGCCAUCACGAGUUCAAACUAUCAAUAACUAUGCAUUCGAAGAAUGCAGCAACUUAGACACGAUCAUCAUUCCAGAAGACUCAAAUCUUGAAUUCCUUGGUAUUGGUGUUUUCCGUUAUUGCUUUUCGAUUUCGACAAUCAAUUGCACAUGUCCUCGAUAUUCUAUCUUCGGUGGUGCACUUUUCAACUCUGAUAAGACGAGUCUUAUUCUAUUCCCACCUGCAUCGAGAUACUCUUUCUUUUCUCUCCCUGACACAACUACGACAAUCAGUCAAUCUGCAUUCCAAAGUUGUCGAAAUCUUGUUUCUGUCUUCAUUCCAAGUUUCAGUGUUCGCACUAUCUCAUCUAAUGCAUUCGAAGGCUGCACAUCUCUCAAGUCUAUCAACAUCCCACUUUGUGUCGAACGUGUUGAACAAGAUGCAUUCCUUGGUUGUUCAUCACUCGAAUGUGGUCUUCAUAUCGAGAAUCGAAACAAAGAUUUCAUUCAUAAACUCGUUAAUGUCUCUGGUCUUCCUUCUAUUUCUAUCAAACAAUGUAUUUCACUCUACUCCUGCAAAGAUAAACUUGACAAAUUCUCAAUCAACAUGAUCUCUCCCUUCAUUGUUAUUUAUAUUUCUUGA